AUGUGGGACGUGCAACUGAGUUUCCGGUUACGCCAAUCACAAGUUGCUGUUGCUGAUGCUGAGAAAAAGGAAAUCGGAGCAGCGCCUGGAGCCGCGCAGCCCGCCAGGGGCCCGCGCCGCAAGCCCGAGGCCCGGAGGAGGCGCGUCGCCAGCCCGGCCCCGACCCCCGGCCCCUCUCGGCGGGGCGCCUCCCCAGGCACUUCCCCCCGUCAGCGUGGUCGGCGGAAACUUGCUUGGACAAAGGAGAUCCGAAAUCUUCAGAAAAGCACACAUCUCUUGUUACGGAAGGCCCCCUUCAGCCGCCUGGUAAGAGAAAUAUGUGUUAAAUUCACUCGUGGUGUGGACUUCAAUUGGCAAUCCCAGGCCCUGUUGGCCCUACAAGAGGCAGCAGAAGCAUUUCUGGUCCAUCUCUUUGAGGAUGCCUAUCUCCUCUCCCUACAUGCCGGCCGAGUUACUCUUUUCCCUAAGGAUGUGCAGCUGGCCAGGAGAAUCCGAGGCAUUCAGGAGGGACUUGGCUGAACACGUGCAACCAGUGUUUCUGGAAGUCUUUCCUGCUCACCCAGUGGUUGUUACCAGGGACACUCCAGAGCCAUGACUGCAAGCAGUGGAGUCUAAGUUGCUGCCUGGACUUUGCUCUGAGCACUGUGUGUGUGCUGCUUU